AAAGAUAUGUGCUAUAUAGGGCCUAUGCUUGCCACUACCUCACCUUGUAUGCAUUUCCCUUUGUAGUGUAUAUAUUAGUCUUCUUCUGCUAUCUCAUAUUCCCAACAUACCUUAAUCCAUGGAAGCUUCACAGCCUCUUUCAAUUGAAAGCUUUUCAUACAGUUGGCUAGUGAACCUAAGACCAUCAUUAGAAAGCUUAGACAACUCCUUCAGGUACUCGCUUGAUGCAUCCGAUGAAGCCUCCUUCAUUGAGAUGGACCCAAGAAUGCCACCCUCCAAGAGAUUCUUUAGGGACUCUCAGGAUUUCAAGUUUGACCUUCCAAUUUCACAAUCUUCUCUUGCUCUGGUUCACGCAGACGAGCUCUUUUCCAAUGGCUAUGUUAUGCCUCUCUUUGUUGAUCCAUUGAAGAUGGAGGCUUAUAAUUAUAAGGCCUCAGAUUGCAGUACUCCAACCCUUCUGCCAUCCUCUUCCCAUGCACCUAAAGUCCUAAUCCCAAAUGAUAUUCCUCGUCGUUCUUCAAGUAUUAGAAGGUGUCGAAGAUUAUCAAAGCACAUAUUUCAAAAGUAUAUGGAUUUUCUUAGGCCAUUGUUUCAAGGACUAAGACGAAGCAAAUCAAGUUCUAAAGCUGACAGUGUUGAUAAAAGAGUUCAUAAGGUGGUGAAGAACUGGGUAUACUCAUCCGAAACAUCUCCAAGAAUUAGUGUAGCUUACUCUGCUGAUGAUGAUUGGCGCAAAUCUUGUGACUCUGAGAGUUCAAUUUAUGAGGCAGUUCUCCAUUGCAAAAGAUCCAUAGGAAAAUGAAUUGAGGGUGUUACAAAGAAAAGUAAAGAAAGGAAAGGAGCAAUUCAAGAUACAUUUAGAAACAGAGGAAAUGUGAGGUGACAAGAGGAUCAUCAGCCACAUGUUAUUUGUCCCUUUGUCCUAUAUUUUUGGGAAUGAUAACGUAAAGUUUUUGUCCUACAAGGGAGUAGAAGUAGUGUGAAUGGUCGGCCAUGGAAUUUUCUGGCAUUGGGAAAGUAGUGAGGAAAAACAAAAAAGGAUACAUUAUAAUUUUGUGUUUGUCUUUUUCAUUAUGGGAAGAACACUAAGAAUCUGCCUUGCUUAUUCCUGUGAAGUUGUAUCUAAUGUAUGAAAAAGAGGAUUGUAUAAUUCAUGGUAUAUUUUCACUUCUAUAUA